AUGCUAAGCGAUUUGGUCUAUCAAAGUAAAGACGACUAUGUUCAAGAUCUACAAGAUGUUCAAGCUGGGAUCCUGAUCUUCUUCGAAAAUCUUGUAGGUUUCUUCAUGACUCUAAUCGCGAUUCAAGGAUUUGUUACAAUUCCGGCGAUGAAAGUCUCAUUUGGAUAUCUGAUGAAAUGGCAAUUGGCAAAUCAACUUCUCGCAUCUCUAAAUAGCGCGAGCUUUUACUUCUUUGGAGUUUUGCUGUAAGUUUUUCGAUUUUCGCAAUUAUGUAAUAACACAGUAGUGUUUUUUUAAAGGGACAUCAAAUUUGUGAUAAAUAAUUCGCGAGCCUGGGGGCUUUUUACAACCAUGUUAUCACCUAUGAUCAUGUCACAAUACUUGAUGAUAUCUUUCAAUCGAUUUUUCGCGCUGGCAACUCCAGUCUUGUAUUUGCGAAUGUACGAACCAAAAAUGUUACGAUUCUAUGUUUCGGCUUGCUGGAUUAUUCCAGUCCUAUACAUCUCACUGUUCACAUACUACAGUAGGUUGUGAGCUUCAGUGACUGAAGCUUAACCUUAACCUUCUCUCAAAAAAAUUCUAGAUGAAUGUGACUACAAAUUCUAUCACUAUGGUUGGGUGUUCUCCUACGGUGUCACUGAAAAAUGCGGCACAAAAUUCCAAUAUCUGAUCAGAGGUGUUCAGACAAGUCUAGCCUACUCCAUCUUCCUCGUGGAUUGUGUAACCAUGGUAUUAUUUGUAUGCUUCAGAAAACGAGUCUUGAAAUCACAUAGUUCUGAGAUCCGCAAGCGAGAGAUCAACUUUGGCAAACAAGUUGUUAUCCAAGGAUUCGUAUUCAUGUCGCACGGUGUUUUGUACAAUUUGGGAUAUAGCUGGUUCCCGCAAAGUAUAUCGGAAAAGUGGCGAGUUUUUUGGACGACUGCGUUUUUCUCGAAUUUGGCGCAAAUUUUUUGCACGAUUGUGAUUUUUGUGUUCAAUGCUGAUUUUUCGAAGUGGAUUUUUGGAGAGAAGAAAACUCGAAUUGUUUCUGUUAGUGGAUGA